GAAAAAUCAGUUCGUGUUUGGCUUCCUUUGCGUUAAGACGUGUUUGAAAAUAAAACCGGAACGUAGCAAACUAAAUACAUUUUGGCUAUAGAAAUACCCACAAGCUAAUUUGUUAGUCGAAAUAAAACGGUUGUGCUCAAAAACAACAAAAAAUAAAAACAAAUAAAUAUUUCGAAAUUAUCGAAAUAGUUUGUGUUCCGUCAUUUUGUGUGGCGCUGAAAAAUACAAAUUUCAAAACAAAAGUGAAUUAUUAAACUAAGCAGCGCGAAAGUAUUUUGUGCAUAAAAAUUAAACUUUCGCUGCAAAGAAUAUACAAAAAUAUAGUGUGCUAACUAUAAAACAAUAAAUUGUGCUCAAGCAAAUUAAAUGCUGGAUUAUUAAAAAAAAUCGCUUAAAAGCUGAAAACUUGCUAAAAAAUUGAAAAUAAAAUAAAUUAUUGGAUUAACCAACGCAUCGUUACAACUGUUAGCUGCUACAAGUCCAGCUACGCCAUCGCUCCCAUUGGAUUAACCAUUUUUGUGGAUUAGCUGUAUUAUUCAACUUCAUUACCCACGCUUUCUGCACAACCUUUGGAUUUGCGUAAAAUGGUUGUUUUAGAAGGUGGCGGCGGUGUUGUUACCAUUGGCAACAACCAAUACUUGCAACCGGAUUACUUAUCACCAAUCCCAACAACGAUGGACGCCAAGAAAAGUCCACUCGCUCUGUUGGCACAAACUUGCUCACAAAUUGGCGCCGAUUCCUCGGCUGUCAAGCCCUUACUCGCUAUUGACAAAUCAAAGAAAUCUACAUCUUCAUCUUCGUCAUCCACCUCAUCAAAUGCCAGUUCGGACCUGAGCGCUUCCAAGUCGCCCACACAGGCUAAGUCGCCUAAAUCCAGCACACCAAAUACCACCGAGGUGAAGUUGGCUUUUAAGCCAUACGAAACAAACGUGCUGAGCGCUCAAAACCACAACACAUUCAAGUCAUCGUCCUCAACAUCCGUGGAUGAGCAACGACCCAGCUCAAAGUGCUCCUCCAACGGUGGUGCUGAUAACAAUACACGCGUACCCUCACGUAACAAGUCUAAUUGCACACCAGAAUCACAUGCCAUCAAAAUGGAGAAUUGUCACGGUGCUACACCAACACCAAACGAUAACAAUCGCAAAACAGUGUCUCCCGCCGGUUCUUCACAACGCGGUGCCAGCCCAAUUGUACGCUCUGGCAUGGAAGUGCUGAAUAAUAGCCACGGUUCGGCCACACACCCGAAGGAGAUGAGCAGUAUGGCUGCGGCCGCUGCUGCUGCUGCUGCCGCUUACAAAGCGGCCGGUCCAUAUGGCAUUAACCCACUGUCGGCGCUCUGCUGCCCACCCGGUAUGGAACAACACGCCAAUCCCGCUUUCCGUCCACCAUUUGCCGGCGGCUUCUCACACCAUCACGCAGCAAUGUUGGCUGCUGCUGCCGCAAGUGGCGGUUAUCCAGGCGGUCCCAAUGGACCGGGCUCACAACCCAAUCCCUACAUCAGCUAUCAACGCAUCAAGACACCAUCCGGCGGUGAGGCUAUUGUACCCGUUUGCAAGGAUCCCUACUGUCCUGGCUGCCCGUACUCGGCACAUACGCAACAAAUGCUCAUGGGCGCACCCUGUCCAGCCGGUUGCACACAAUGUGAACACCAAAAAUACGGCAUGGCCAUGAUGGGCGGCGCCGCUGGUCUCCCACCGAGCCAUCCUUACUCGCAAGCCGCCGCUGCUGCCGCCGCUAGUGCUGCUGCGGCACGUUCAGCGCCAUAUGUCUGCAGUUGGGUGAUAGGCGACGCUUAUUGUGGCAAACGCUUCCAGACCUCCGACGAACUGUUCUCACAUCUGCGCACGCACACCGGCAAUCUCUCCGAUCCCGCUGCUGCCGCCGCCGCUUUGGCACAGUCACAAGCACAAUCAUUAUUGGGCACACUCUUCCCACCAUCAGCACUGCGCGCUGGUUAUCCAACACCCCCAUUGAGUCCGAUGAGCGCUGCUGCUGCGGCCCGAUAUCAUCCUUACGCUAAACCCGGUGGCAUACCAGCUAGCGCGUUAUCCGCACCAUCCGCCUUCGGUAUGACUGGCUUUAAUCCCGCAGCGGCUGCUGCAGCUGCGGCUUUGGGACCCUACUACUCGCCCUACGCGAUGUAUGGUCAGCGCAUUGGCUCAGCAGCGGUGCAUCAGUAAGCUUGUGCUAUAGCGGAGCUGAAGCGCAUAAAAUGCUGAAAACAAGGCUAGUCAAGGAGAACGAAAGGCUAACCGUGUGAUCUUUGAGUGAUGCGCGUGCGCGUACAUGUCGACUGCGAGGCCUGCAGUGAAGGGGCAUAGGCAUGUAGUGCCGCGCACUCGGUUACAAUAUGCAUACCAAAAACUUGGAAGAGAAAUAAACAGAAAACAAUGAGGUUUAAAAUUGCAAGAAAAAAGGCAAAAAAAAACACAAAAAACAAAAACGUUAAAAAAUGAUUAAUACAAAAUUGCGUUUCAAAAAAAGUAUAAUACUGUAUGAAAAAAUUUCAAUUUGAGAAUGCGCUAUUGUUGCGAUCGUUUUACACUGUGAUACUAAAAUGUAGUUGGAUGCUAGGCUUAUUAGGUUUUAAAUGAUAAAAAUAUGACUUACACACACACAUGCAAACAUGCAUACAUACAUACCCACAUCUGUAGGUAUAUGUAUUUAUGAGCAAAAGCGUAAAAAGUAAUUAAAGUUUUUAGUUGUAAAAUGCAGCCAAAGCAUUUUUGUUUUUCAAAUAACCAUGAAACCUUAACAAAAACAAUCACAUUAACUAGUUUUUUGUUACUAUUAAGUUAAUAUAUAUAUAUACAUAAAUGUAAUAUGUCUGUACUCUUUGCCUUUAAUUAUAUAAUUUUAAGCGUGAAAAUUGUGAAUUAGUUUUUUGUUUAGUACUGAAAGCGCUUGUCAAUGGCCUUUCACUUACAAUUGAUUUGUUUUAAUGGCUUUUAAAAAUUUAAUUUAGCUAUGUAAUAAAUGUAAUAUACAUACAUACAUGAAAAACAUGAAAAACUUGAAAUAUUUAUCUGCGUACAACCCAUGUUUAACUGCAUAUGCAGCGCUUGUAUGUGUUUAUAUAACUCAAACUGAUUUCCAUAAAAAAUAAAUAUAAAAAAGUCAAAAACUACAACUACACAAUUGAUGGAAUAAUUAGUUUUCAUUUUGCAAUUAAAUGAAAAUAAUAAAUAUACAUAUUAAAAAAUAAAA